AUGGCAGAUGAUGUCUCGGCUUUCAUAGACCAGCAUCGGCUUCGACAGCCUACAAUCAUUGGCCAUUCAAUGGGUGCGAAGGCCGCCAUGACUUUGGCGCUGAAGUCUCCCGAAGUGGUGCGGGACAUCGUUGCUGUCGACAAUGCACCAGUUGAUGCCAUCUUAGAGAGCGCCUUUGGGAAGUAUAUCCAGGGCAUGAAGAAGAUUGAAGCUGCCAAUGUCACCAGACAGGCCGAAGCAGAUCAAAUCCUGAAAGACUACGAGAGUUCUCUCCCUAUCCGUCAAUUUUUGCUCGGCAACCUUCACAGACCUGAGGCGGGCAACUCACAGCUUAGGUUUCGUGUGCCCCUUGACAUCAUCGGUCGUUCUCUCAACCAUAUGGGUGAUUUCCCAUACAAAGACCCAAGUGAAGUUCGAUUCGAGAAACCCGCACUGUUUGUUCGUGGGACGAAGAGUAAAUAUGUGCCCGAUGAUGUCUUGCCCAUCGUGGGACAAUUCUUUCCCAAAUUUCGUUUAGCAGACAUUGAUGCCGGCCACUGGGUUAUCUCGGAGAAUCCGGAGGCAUUCCGUCAAGCUGUGGUUGAUUUUCUGGAAGGUCAGGAGUAG